AUGGCUAAAGCUAGAGGCACUACUCGAAGCCUUUACUGUGUAAAUAAAGGGGAAGAGUGUUGGCAACCCACAGCUGCCAGCCACUUCCCUACUCAGUUUCAAAUAUGGGCAAGGUAUAAAUGGCAGUGACGUGAGUGCAGUAGCUUCUAAAAACAGACGUGAUACCAGCAGCAAGAGAGAGAGGCGCAACACACGGCCUUGUACUUUGGGGCCUAAUGUUGUUUUCCUCAAACAAUCUUUCCCUGACGUGAAUCAGCUCUUGUUUUUGUGGAACCCGGAAGAGUGAGGAACACCAUGGAGAACCUGGAGAAGCAGCUAAUUUGCCCGAUAUGCCUGGAGAUGUUUACAAAGCCUGUGGUCAUCCUGCCCUGCCAGCACAACCUGUGCCGAAAAUGCGCCAACGACGUCUUCCAGGCUUCCAACCCAUACCUGCCGACCACCAGGAGCGGCUCGUUGGCGUCCGGCGGCCGCUUCCGGUGUCCGUCCUGUAGGCACGAGGUAGUCCUGGACCGCCACGGCGUCUAUGGGCUGCAGCGGAACCUGUUGGUGGAGAAUAUCAUCGACAUGUUUAAGCAGGAAUCCAGCAGCGGCAGCACGCCGGUGCCCGAGCGCAAGGAGGCGGCGGCGCCCAUGUGCGACGUUCACAAGGAUGAGAAGAUCAACAUCUAUUGCAUCAGCCACAACGUGCCCACGUGCUCCAUGUGCAAAGUGUUUGGCGCGCACAAGGACUGCGAGGUGCAGCCCAUCAACAGCAUCUACCAGACCAAGAAGUCUGAGCUGAACGACGGCAUCGCCAUGAUGCUGGGCAACAACGACAGGUUGCAGGGCAUCAUCGGUCAACUGGAGGAGGCCUGUCGCGCCAUAGAGGAGAACAGUCGUCGUCAGAAGAAUCUGGUGUGCGAGAAGUUCGACCUGCUUUACACCAUCCUGGAGGACAAGAAACGCGACAUGAGUCUCAAGGUGACGGCCGAGCAGGAGGAGAAGGUCAGCUACAUCAGGAGCCUGACCAGGAAGUACGAAGACCACCUCGAGGAAAGCUGCAAGAUCGUGGAGAAGGGGCUGGAGAUCAUGGGAGAGCAGGAGAUGGCCGUCUUCCUGCAGAAUACAAAACCUCUCCUCAAACAACUAGCAGAAGCAUGUAGCACGUCUCACCUGGACAAAGUAGAGCGAGGCUACGAGAACAUGGAUUACUUCACCGCCGACUUCCGGCGAGAGCGCGAGAUGUUGGGCAGCAUUGACUUCCUCCAAGGCGACGACGACGAGGAGGAUGAGGAAGAAGUGGCGCAAGUGGAGCCGGCGGCGCCCGCGACCUCGGCGGCUAGCACACCCACUGUGUCUUCCGCACCGCUGCUUCCCGCCCCAACUCCGCAGACAAAUCCCGUCCCCGCCCUGGCUAAGAGCGUGGCCUCCACCUGAAGCUAAGCCGGGAGAAAACACAAUGACUGAACUUUUUGCCCCUGUGCUUUCUGUGCGUCUUUAUCAAUUAUGUAACGUUUAUCAAUAUUUUUGCUACUUUAGCACAACACCCUUUUCCAAGGUACCAAGCUAUGUAUUUUUCAAUUUUACUAAAAGGUACAGCAGUGCCUUAAGAUACAAGUACAAUUUGUGAUCAUGAUUGAAACUCAAAUUAUGUGUGAUUAUGUGUUGUUUAACACAACAAAUAUCAAAACAAGAGUAAUGACAUAAUUAAAUGGAAUGUGAAGAAAUAA